CGGAUUGGCUGCCGGGCUCCGGGCGCUCGGGUCGGACGCGCCUCCUCCCGACUUUCCCGCCAGCUGCUGCCGCGCGGCGGAGGCGGUACCUGUAGGCGCUCCGAGUGGCGCACGGUCGGGCCCGCCAUCCUCCAUAAUGUCGCGACAAAGCACCCUGUACAGCUUCUUUUCCAAGUCCCCGGCGCUUGGCGACACCAAGAAGGCCGCGGCCGGGGCCUUACGCGAAGGAGGCGCCGCCGCCGCCGUCUCCGGGGCCUCCGCUUCCCGCGGCAGGGAUGCGGCCUGGAGCGAGACUGGAUCUGAGCCCCGGCCCGCGGCGGUGUCCGCCUCGUCGCCCGAGGCAAAGAACCUCAACGGGGGACCGCGGAGCUCGGCCGUGCCGGCGGUUCCCGACAGUUCUUGUGACUUUUCACCAGGCGAUUUGGUUUGGGCUAAGAUGGAAGGUUAUCCCUGGUGGCCUUGCCUGGUUUAUAAUCAUCCCUUUGAUGGAACAUUCAUCCGGAAGAAAGGGAAAUCGGUUCGUGUUCAUGUCCAGUUUUUUGAUGACAGUCCAACAAGGGGCUGGGUUAACAAAAGGAUGUUAAAGCCAUAUACAGGUUCAAAAUCCAAGGAAGCCCAAAAGGGAGGUCAUUUCUACAGUUCAAAGUCUGAAAUCCUGAGGGCAAUGCAACGCGCAGAUGAAGCCUUAAAUAAAGACAAGAUAAAGAGGCUUGAGUUGGCAGUGUGUGAUGAGCCUUCAGAGCCAGAAGAGGACGAGACAGAGGUGCAGCAUGCAGCUUAUGUAUCUGAUAAGAGUGAAGACGAUAACCAAAGUGAAGGUGAAGAACUGCAGCCUAAGGUGCAGGGGCCUAGGCGAAGCAGUCGGCAAGUGAAAAAGCGAAGGAUCGUAUCAGAUUCUGAGAGUGACAUUGGUGGCUCUGAUGUAGAAUUCAAGCCAGACACUAAGCAAGAAGGAAGCAGCGACGAAAUGAGCAGUGGAGUUGGAGACAGUGAUAGUGAGGACCUGGGGACCCUUGCCAAAGGUGCUCCAAAGCGGAAGAGAGCAAUGGCUGGUCAGGGUGCAUUUAGAAGGAAAAGUUCAAGGAAGGAAACACCCUCAGCCACCAAACAAGCGACUCGAAUUUCAUCAGAAACCAAGAGUACCUUGAGUGCUUUCUCUGCCCCUCAGAAUUCUGAAUCCCAAACCCAUAUUAGCGGAGGAGGUGACAACAAUAGUGGGCCCACUAUUUGGUAUCAUGAAACUUUAGAAUGGCUUAAGCCAGAAAAGAGAAGAGAUGAGCACAGGAGACGCCCUGAUCACCCUGAUUUUAAUUCUUCCACACUGUAUGUGCCUGAAGAUUUCCUUAAUUCUUGUACUCCAGGGAUGAGGAAGUGGUGGGAGAUUAAGUCUCAGAACUUUGAUCUUGUUAUUUUUUAUAAGGUGGGGAAGUUUUACGAAUUGUAUCACAUGGAUGCCGUUAUUGGAGUCAGUGAGCUGGGACUAGUAUUCAUGAAGGGCAACUGGGCCCAUUCUGGUUUUCAUGAAAUUGCAUUUGGCCGGUUUUCAGAUUCCUUGGUGCAGAAGGGCUAUAAAGUAGCACGAGUGGAGCAGACUGAGACUCCAGAAAUGAUGGAAGCACGAUGCCGGAAGACGGCACACGUGUCUAAGUUUGACAGAGUGGUGAGAAGGGAGGUUUGCAGGAUUAUCACCAAGGGCACACAGACGUACAGUGUGCUGGAAGGUGAUCCCUCUGAGAACUACAGUAAGUACCUUCUGAGCCUUAAAGAGAAAGAGGAAGAUUCCUCUGGGCACACUCGUGUAUAUGGUGUGUGCUUCGUUGACACUUCACUGGGCAAGUUUUUCAUGGGUCAGUUUUCAGAUGAUCGCCAUUGUUCCAGAUUUAGGACUCUUGUGGCACACUAUCCUCCAGUACAAAUUUUGUUUGAGAAAGGAAAUCUCUCAACAGAAACUAAAACAGUUCUGAAAGGUUCAUUGUCCUCUUGUCUUCAGGAAGGUCUGAUACCAGGUUCCCAAUUUUGGGAUGCCACCAAGACUCUGAGAACACUCCUUGAAGAAGGAUAUUUUACUGGGAAGUUAAAUGAAGACAGUGGUGUAGCACUGCCUGGGGUACUUAAAAGUAUGACCUCAGGGUCAGAUUCUAUUGGCCUGACACCAGGAGAGAAUAGUGAAUUGGCCCUCUCUGCUCUAGGUGGUUGUGUUUUCUACCUCAAAAAAUGCUUGAUUGAUCAGGAGCUUCUAUCAAUGGCUAAUUUUGAAGAAUAUUUUCCCUUGGAUUCUAAAAUGGUCACCACAGUAAGACCCGGUGCUGUCUUUACUAAAGCCAAUCAGCGAAUGGUGCUAGAUGCAGUGACAUUAAACAACUUGGAGGUUUUCCUGAAUGGGACAAAUGGUUCUACUGAAGGGACUUUGCUAGAGAGGCUUGAUACUUGUCAUACUCCCUUUGGCAAGCGGCUCCUAAAACAAUGGCUUUGUGCCCCCCUCUGUAACCCUUGCGCUAUAAGUGACCGCUUAGAUGCUGUGGAAGACCUGAUGGCUUUGCCUGACAAAAUCACUGAAAUUACAGACCUCCUAAAGAAGCUACCAGAUCUUGAGAGGCUACUGAGUAAGAUCCAUAAUAUUGGAUCUCCCCUAAAAAGCCAGAACCACCCAGACAGCAGGGCUAUAAUGUAUGAAGAAACCACAUACAGCAAAAAAAAGAUCAUUGAUUUUCUUUCUGCUCUAGAAGGAUUCAAAGUAAUGUGUAAGAUUAUAGGGCUUAUGGAGGAUGUUGCUGAUGAUUUUAAGUCUAAAACCCUUAAGCAGGUUGUCACUCUACAGACAAAAAGUCCUGAAGGCUGCUUUCCUGAUCUGAACACAGAGCUGAACCGAUGGGAUACUGCUUUUGACCACGAGAGGGCUCGAAAGACUGGACUCAUUACUCCAAAGGCAGGAUUUGACUCUGAUUAUGACCAAGCACUUGCUGACAUAAGAGAGAAUGAACAGAGUCUCCUGGAGUACUUAGAUAAACAGCGCAGUCGGCUUGGAUGCAGGACCAUAGUCUACUGGGGAAUUGGUAGGAACCGUUACCAGUUGGAGAUUCCAGAGAAUUUUACUACCCGCAACCUACCAGAAGAAUAUGAAUUGAAAUCUACUAAAAAGGGCUGUAAACGAUACUGGACCAAAACGAUUGAGAAGAAGUUAGCUAAUCUUAUAAAUGCUGAAGAACGUAGGGACAUGUCUUUGAAGGACUGCAUGAGGCGGCUGUUCUAUAACUUUGAUAAAAAUUACAAGGACUGGCAGUCUGCUGUAGAGUGCAUUGCAGUAUUGGAUGUCUUACUGUGCUUGGCUAACUAUAGUCAAGGAGGAGAUGGUCCCAUGUGUCGCCCAGAAAUUCUAUUACCGAGAGAACACAGACACCCCUUCUUAGAGCUUAAAGGGUCACGGCAUCCCUGCAUUACCAAGACUUUUUUUGGAGAUGAUUUUAUUCCUAAUGACAUCCUGAUAGGCUGUGAAGAAGAAGAAGAAAAUGGCAAAGCCUAUUGUGUGCUUGUUACUGGACCAAAUAUGGGGGGCAAAUCUACACUCAUAAGACAGGCUGGUCUAUUGGCUGUAAUGGCCCAGAUGGGUUGUUAUGUACCUGCUGAAGUGUGUCGGCUCACACCAGUAGAUAGAGUGUUUACUAGACUUGGUGCCUCAGAUAGGAUAAUGUCAGGUGAAAGUACAUUUUUUGUUGAACUGAGUGAAACUGCCAGCAUACUUAGGCACGCAACAGUACAUUCUUUGGUGCUUGUGGAUGAGUUAGGAAGAGGUACUGCAACUUUUGAUGGGACAGCAAUAGCCAAUGCAGUUGUUAAAGAACUUGCUGAAACCAUAAAGUGUCGAACAUUGUUUUCUACACACUAUCAUUCAUUAGUAGAAGACUAUUCUAAAAACGUUUCUGUGCGCCUAGGACACAUGGCUUGCAUGGUAGAAAAUGAAUGUGAGGAUCCCAGCCAGGAGACUAUUACCUUCCUCUAUAAAUUCAUUAAGGGAGCCUGUCCCAAGAGCUACGGCUUUAAUGCAGCAAGGCUUGCUAAUCUUCCGGAGGAGGUUAUUCAAAAGGGACACAGAAAAGCAAGAGAAUUUGAGAAGAUGAAUCAGUCAUUACGACUAUUUCGGGAAGUUUGUCUGGCUAGUGAAAAGCCGACUUUAGAUGCUGAAGCUGUCCAUAGGUUGCUGGCUUUGAUUAAGGAAUUGUAGACUACAUUGGAAGCUGAGUUGACUUUUGACAAAGGUGGUAAAUUCAGACAACAUUAUGAUCUAAUAAACUUUAUUUUUUAAAAAUGA